AUGAGUACAGAAGAGGAAAAAAGGCAAGCAGUAAGAGCACGGUGUAGGGAGCGCUACCUAUGGAUCUUGGCGGUAAGCGCAAACUUUCUUCGCUUGAAAAUAUGAGAGUAGAGAAAAUACAAGAAGUUUUCGAAGAUGUGUAUCUCUGGAAACUUUCAAAAUUCGCCACUCAAGUUUUGUUUUUGUGUAUUUUCGCACGCCUGCGAUCCUUCUAUGUCUUUUAGAGUUAUUUUUUUCAUCACGGGUGCUCAUAAGUUUAUGAUUUUUAAAAAUAAGGAAAAAAAGAAAAUUAAGGUUUUUUUAAUGGACUUUUCCACAAAUUUUAGACUUCUCUGGGACCAUCCCGAGCAAAGUUUAAACGACCUUUAAAAAAAGCCUUAAAAAAAUAAGUCUCCUUUUUAAGCUCUUUUUUUAGCUUUUUCUCCGCCUCCUUUUUAUUUUUUUAAAAAGGUCUUUUUCAGAAAAAGGUCAAGAAAAAAAGGCGCCUAUGGGGCUUUUUCCAAAGGUCCUGGGCAUUCGCCCGUCAUAGCCUUUCGCACCCAAACCAUUAAUUUUUUUCUUGUGAUUUAAACAGUGAAUAAUUUUAGAAGCUGUCGGGAAAUCCUGUUAGCGUGCAUAUGCAAGGAGGAGGGAGAGUCAGCGGCGAGCUGCUGGCAGUGCAAGGUAGUGGGGAGCACAUCUUGGUUUCCGGUCUCCAGACGCCGAUCGGCGUCCUCGAUAAAGCUGUUCUUCGGUCGUCCGACAUUGUUCGUGUCACGGCAGAUUGGAGACUAAUUUUAGACAGGCAAACUUGA